CCUCUUUUUGCAUCUGUCUUUCGAAUGAAUCAAACCAAAGAUGGCUGACAGUAGGAAGCGAUUUUGCCUUGAUCCGCCCAAACAUGAAGGUGUUUGGAAGUUGUUUUAUCAAGCGGCUGAAGAUCUUGAAUGGCGAGCUGUUGCAUUAACUCAUGUAGAAUAUCCAACAGGUGACCUUAUCGGGAAAGGAUUGGCUUGGAUGAGUCUGGUGCCAAUUUUCCUGAUAGUUGCUUUUGUAACUCUCAUCAUUUUCAGAAGGGAAUUACACACAAUGACAUUUUUCAUUGGAAUUCUGUUGAACGAGUGUGCCAAUCAAGCUCUCAAGUACAGUAUUAAGGCCCCAAGGCCAUGCAGAGGUAGGGCAUCAAGAUUCUACAUUUUCUAUAAAAUAGAACUUCCUAUAUAA